UCGCGCGCCAUCGGGAGACUCGUGAGACCAACUAUGGCGGAGAGGUAGGGAGGACGUUCACCUGACCGGGGGAUUCAGCAUCGGGCUGCAGAGCUUCAUAAACACCGCCGAGCUCCUCGCGCUCCAACGGAGGCUGCUUUUAGAGCACACGCCGUUUUUGCGCACAUCGUCCUUCGUCACGCGCGGCGCGAGGCUCCGGAACGCGGGAAAAGAUGCCCAACAUUAAGAUCUUCAGCGGGAGCUCCCAUCAGGACCUGUCCCAGAAGAUCGCGGACCGCCUCGGGCUCGAGCUCGGGAAGGUGGUCACCAAGAAGUUCAGCAAUCAGGAAACGUGUGUGGAGAUUGGAGAGAGCGUCCGGGGCGAGGACGUGUACAUCGUACAGAGCGGCUGUGGAGAGAUCAAUGACAACCUGAUGGAACUUUUGAUUAUGAUAAACGCCUGUAAGAUAGCCUCCGCCUCCCGCGUCACUGCCGUCAUCCCCUGUUUCCCUUACGCUCGCCAAGACAAAAAGGACAAGAGUCGAGCGCCAAUCUCCGCCAAGCUGGUCGCCAACAUGCUGUCGGUCUCCGGUGCAGAUCAUAUCAUAACCAUGGACCUGCAUGCCUCUCAGAUACAGGGUUUCUUUGACAUUCCUGUGGACAACCUGUAUGCAGAGCCUGCUGUGCUGAAGUGGAUCAAGGAGAACAUCCCUGAAUGGAAGACCUGCACUAUUGUUUCACCAGACGCUGGAGGAGCAAAGAGGGUCACUUCCAUAGCAGACAGACUGAAUGUUGACUUUGCCCUCAUUCACAAAGAGAGGAAAAAGGCUAAUGAGGUGGAUCGCAUGGUCUUGGUGGGAGAUGUGAAAGACCGCGUGGCCAUCUUGGUUGAUGACAUGGCUGACACGUGUGGCACCGUCUGCCACGCAGCCGACAAACUGAUAUCAGCAGGAGCCACCAAGGUUUACGCCAUCCUUACCCAUGGCAUCUUCUCGGGUCCUGCCAUAUCACGCAUCAACAAUGCAUGCUUUGAGGCUGUAGUUGUGACGAACACCAUUCCACAGGAGGAGAAGAUGAAGCAUUGUCCUAAAAUACAGGUCAUUGAUAUUUCCAUGAUUCUGGCUGAAGCUAUUCGUCGGACCCACAACGGUGAAUCUGUCUCUUAUCUCUUCAGCCAUGUUCCCUUGUAACCUUGCCUUCUCGGUGCUUAUCUAUUUGCUGUGUUACCAAAAAAGAAGUGGGAGCCCGACCCCAAAAUCCUCAGCAGCUGUGUCCUGCUGCACCCUCACUUUAUCCAGAAGGGAAUCGACCUCCAGUGAAAUCACAGCGCCGGCCACGUCCCGCCACCAGUUCAGGAUCCCAGCAAGACUUUCUAAAUUCUUUCAGUCGAGGCUGAAACUCCGGACUAUAAAUUCAGAUCCGUCUCACAUUCAGAUAUUUUUUUUUU